AUGGCUGAAGUCGAGUGGGCCGGCCGCUCGAACAAAGCCGCCAGGAGAAUCGAAGAGAAAGAAAGCCCCGAAGGUCGCGCUAACUAUAAGCCCCGACGCGAUUACUCUGAUCCCUCGCACUUCAGGCUUCUUCCUGUGACUCCGUACCAAGGUGUUGAACGGGGCGCGGGGCGAGAGAGGGAUGACGGGGGGCGGAUGCGUAUUCAAAAUCAGGACCGUGAUGCUGAGCUUUGCCGCAGAAAGGCCGGUACCUACUACCACGGCCGCCUGCGCUGA